AUGAGCACUACAGAUGGAGCCGGGGCCCCUAAAAAGGAUGAAGAGGCCCGUGUUGUGCAGAUCUACCCCAGGCUGUCCCAGAACACAGCCUCUCACUGUCCCCUGCAGGUCAGCUACGGGGACACGACAAGGACAGUUAUCCACAAUGCUUCGAUCACUCUGGGCCUGGAUACCAGCCUGAAGUACUGCCUGCUGGAGAAUAUUCUGGAUGCUCUACGUGAGCGUUUCUACAAGCUCAAAAUCUACACCUACGCCAGCAACAUCCUCAUCGCCCUCAACCCCAAUAAGUUCCUUCCUGUUUACUACAAUCCUAAGUACAUCAAGAUGUACGAGAACCAGCCACUGGGCAAACUGAGCCCUCAUAUAUUUGCCAUAGCAGAUGUGGCUUUCAGGGCAAUGCUGAACAGGCAGGUUAACCAAUGCAUCGUGAUAUCUGCAUCCUCGGAGCUGGACCAGUGCUGGAGGCCUUUGGCAACGCGAGGACUGCAGAGAAUAACAACUCCAGUCGCUUUGGGAAGUUCAUCCAGCUCAACUAUCUGGAGGGCGGCGUCAUCAGAGGGGCAGUUUGUUGAGAAAUACCUGCUGGAAAAGUGCAGAGUGGUAUCCAGAGACAAGAAUGAGAGGAACUACCACGUGUUCUACUAUCUGCUCAUGGGAGCGUCCAAAGACGAGCAGGAGGAAUUUCAUCUACUACAGCCACAGGAUUUUCUCUACCUCAAGCAGGAAGGCUUCAACUUGGAUGAUGAGGAGAAACUCAAGCAGGAGUACAAGAGGCUUCAUCAAGCCAUGGAGAUGGUUGGCUUCCUGGCCACCACUAAGAAAUACAUCUUUGCUAUCCUCUCUGCCAUCCUGCACCUCGGCAACGUGACCUACACACUGUCAGAGGAAAAUGAAGUCCUGGAGGUCGGACCUGAUGAAGUUCUGCCCACACUGUGUGACCUGCUGAAAGUAAAAAAGGAGCUACUGGUAAAGGCUUUGACCAAGAGGAGAGUCGUGGCCGCGGGUGCCACUGUAGUUUCACAGUACACGCUACAAGAGGCCUACACAGUGCGGGACUCCAUGGCCAAGUCUUUGUAUGGUGCUCUGUUUGACUGGAUCAUACUUCACAUCAACCACGCUGUGAUCAACAGACGAGACAUGGAGGAGUCUGUCUCUUGUUUGUCCAUCGGUGUCCUCGAUAUGUUUGGCUUUGAGAACCUCCAGAUAAACAGCUUUGAGCAGCUGUGCAUCAACUACUCCAACGAGAAACUGCAGUAUUACAUCAACCAGCACAUCUUUGAGAUUGAACAAGAAGGCUACGUGUCAGAGGGCAUCACCUGGCAAAACAUCUACUACUCUGACAACAGUGACUGCAUUCAGCUGAUCAGUGAGAAGUCAACCGGACUGUUUGACCUGCUGGAUGUGGAGAGCAACCUCCCUCAGGCAACAGAUGAAACCCUGUUGAACAAGUUGACGCAGCAGCAUCAGGACAGUCCCUUCUUUGUACCCUCUUCAAAAACGGAGUCAACCUUUGUCCUCCAUCACUUUGCUGGCAGGGUCAAAUAUCACAUCAAGGAUUUUCGGGAGAAAAACACAGAGCACAUGCGUCCUGAAGUCAUAUCACUUCUCCGGAGCAGUGAACGAGCGUUCCUGCAUCAUUUAGUGGCAUCGAGCCCGCAGGCUCUUUUCAGAUGGGGAGUCCUCAGAGCCACCAUCCGCAUCCUCACAGUAUUCAAGAACUUUGGACGCAGGAAGGCAGAACUGAUUGCUAGAAGACAAGCCUCCCGCAAGUCCCUCAAAGAGAUGAAGCAGUGCAGCAGUCCUAUGAACAGGAUGUCCAGCAACAGCCUGACCCUGGACUUCUCCUUUGAUCGCUCUGACGAGCUGCCUCUUGAUGUGUUCGAGGACAUCUUUGCAAAUUUUGAAAAGAAGAAGAAAAGUCGAGGUGGUCGUCAGAAGCAGCUCAUUCCAAAGAACCUUAUGAAUUUCAACUCACUUCAACAUAUUGUUGGCCUGACUGCGCAUGACCGAACCAGCAAAGUCAUCCUCCACCCUCAUAGGACAUCAAAGCCUCCUACAGUCAGCACACAGUUUCAGGCCUCGCUCAGAAGGCUGAUGGAGACAAUUGAAAAAGCCGAGCCAUUCUUUAUUUUCUGUCUUCGCUCCAACGCUGAAAAGAAGCAGCUCCGCUUUGAUGAUGAACUAGUGCUGCAACAAAUCAAGAGCACAGGCUUACUGCAGAUGGUUCAGGUCCAGAAGUCUGGCUACAGCGCCAAAUACACUUUUAAGGAGUUUGUUGAGAAGUUCAGAAUGUUGCUUCCAAAAGGAGCAACAGCAACACCAGAGCACAUUACAGAACUAUUCGAGAGGAUGAAGCUGAACAAGAACGCCUAUCAAAUAGGAAAAACAAAGGUGCUCCUGAAGGAGAAGGAGAGACAGCUGCUGCAAGAUUCACUAAACAAAGAAGUGAUAAGACGCAUCAUCGUCCUGCAGCGCUGGUUCCGUGCCUGUCUGAUGAGGAUGCACUUCCUGCAAAAGAAAGAUGCCACUAUGAUCAUACAGAGGAGCUGGCGUGAGUUUUAUGAGAAACAAAACAAAGCUGCUACAGUGAUCCAGACAGCAUGGAAGACUUCCCUGAAGAAGUCGAAGCACCCAUACGAGAAGGACAAUGAGAACAAAUCCAAUGCACGGCAUGGACGGGACAACUCAAAAAAAGAGCUGAAGAGGCAGAGCAAAGUGGAGCUCAGCCCCAGCAGAACCCAGCAGCCUGACCCGGUCAACGGCCAAUCAGCACAGAGGGACCGGAGCAGAGAGAAACGAGAGGGCAGAGGAUCCCCUCCCCCUCUCAACAGACCCCUCUCCCUCCCACUGGACCCGAAAGUUGUCAUUGAUGAUUCCUCAAACAGCCCCUCUUCGACAAGCUCACUACAGCGCUACAUGGGAGGCAUCAAGGAGAAGGCGGUGAAGUGGCGGGGAAGACAGAGUGACGACUCAAGUCCGGAAAUGCGGCGACGAGAAGAGGACCCAAAAGAUGAAUUUCAGCGCAAAGGAAAGUCCAUGUCUGUUGAUGAACUAUCAAAGAUCAGCUCAUCAGGCUCUGAUAGCUCACCCACCACCAACGAGCGGAUACCUGCAGAACCUGAUGGGGCAAGGUUCAGUCUACCAGCUACAAGCAGCAAUGAAAACUCAGGACAGCAGGGAUCGAACCAGUCACAACUCACAACUCCUGAGAGGAUUUGGUUUCUUAGUAAAUUCCUCAAAAAGCGUGGGCCGAAAUAUGCUCCCGGCACUGACCCUCCACCAGAGAAAAAUGCAAUAACCCUGGCCAGCUACACUCCCCAGUCCUACCACAUGCCCAAACAGGACGACGAGAGGGUGAAACGAAACCCAACCAUUCGGAUCAGCCGGGCGACACGGGUGGCGCAGUGUAACGUGUCUCUGGACCGCGAGAUCACAGACACCGAAGAGCUGCGUAACCUGGACGAAUUCCUCGGCAACCAGGUGAAUGAACUGCGAUCAAGAAUAAAAGAGCUCUCACCAACAGAGAGCAUCUUCCUCGCAUCCACCAUGCAGUUCAGAGACACCAUCAAAGGAAUGUACUCUAUGCAGAUGCCUAAAAUUGGCUACAAAGAUCUGAUGAAGGGCUACCACAACAAAGUGAACACUCUCGCAGGAACCAAGGAGAAGUCAGAAGUCUCUCUUGUGGUCAACUUGUUUCAGUCUGUGCUGGACGGCUUUAUCAGGGGCGAACUGAAACGAGCAGACUGUGAACCAGCCAAGACCACCAAGACAGAAAAGAAGAGAAGGAAAAAGGACAAAUGCCCUAACAAUCCUCUGGAUCACCGAUUCAGCACGUACCAGGUCAACAUUAUGCAGUCAUGUGACCUGUGUGGCUCCUAUAUCUGGGGAAUGGAGAAAGCUUACAUGUGCAGCGCUUGUAAGUUAAUUUGCCACAAGAAAUGUCUCGACAAAAUCAUCACAGAUUGCUCAACACGGUGUGCCAGGCAGGAUGACAGUGUACCAGGCUCACUUCACUUUGGGGUGCAGGUGUGCGUCCUCACCAGCAAAGUAAACCCUGUGCCCAAAGUGGUGGAGGCUCUGCUGAUGCAUGUGGAGCUGAACGGCCUCUACACGGAGGGAAUUUACCGCAAGUCGGGCUCAACCUGUCGAGCCAGGGAGCUCCACCAGAUUCUGCAGACCAAUCCAGAGGCAGAGUGUAUAGAGAACUACCCGAUCCACACCAUCACAGGGCUGGUUAAACGUUGGCUCAGAGAGCUGCCGGACCCGCUCAUGACCUUUUCCCUGUACAGUGACUUUCUACAAGCAGUGGAGUUUCCAGAGAGAGCAGAUAGAAUCAGAGCUAUUUACCAGAAGGUUGAUGAGCUUCCUCCUGCUAAUUACAACACCUUAGAGCGGCUCAUCUUUCACCUUGUCAGAGUUGCAAAGGAGGAAGAGCACAAUAAGAUGACAUCAAGCUCUCUUGCUAUUGUCUUUGCGCCCUGCAUCCUGCGCUCACCUGAUGUCGACGACCCCUUCCUUGGUAUGAGGGAUGUAGGAAAGACUACAACGUGUGUGGAGAUCCUGAUCUCUGAGCAGUUGAGACGCUACAAUGAGAAGAUGCAGAAUAUCCAGGAGCUGGAAUAUGCAGAGGCCCUGGCCGUCAAUCAGCUCAAACUGAGGAGACAAAACACGGUUGUUGAAAAGACGUCAGAGGUGGACGCUCCUGUGCCGAUAUCUUCAGAUGAAACAGAGAGGACUCUCAUCGACAGGAUCAAGUCCAUCAAGCAAGAAAAGGUGGACUUGGCCUGCAGGUUGCCUGAAUUGGAGCAGGACACCUCUGACAAUGACAACUUGGACUCGUCAUCAUCAAUGAGUACAGAGAGCCUAGAGGACCGACUGGACAGCCUGGACUCCGAAGGAAAAGUGACCAUGCGAUCAAAAACCCAGAAACCUGAAUGCCCGCCUAAACCUCCUGACUUGGCAGAGAGAGUCAGAAGUCUAAUGGCUCUGUCGUUUGACGAUCAGCUAGAGUUCAGACAAGGACAAAAACCAGAUGUUACCCAACCCAUGUGCUUCCUGCCCAGCCAAGACAACCCCUCUCCAACAGACAGACCACAGGACGCCAGCAAGUCCAUCAACAGGAGCUUUGAAGAUCUGGACAUCCCUUACAUUGAUGAGGAUGAAGAUCCAUCUUGAACAGAACACUAAAAGCUGUUAUAUUUGAAUUUUUUCAAGUUUGUGUUAAAAGAAGAUUUGUGCUAUAUCAAAAUGAAACUGUGCACUUUGUUUUACAGAAUUUUCCAUUUGUCUAUGCUGCUAUGGAAACAAAUUGCUUUAAGAAUUUAUAUGUAUUUAACAGGAGAUCGUACAGACUAUGCCUUCAGGGUGUUCUUGGCAGAUCUGAACCCAACAGCAAGGACUGUUCUGCCUCUUUUGUCAAACCAUUACACCAUAUGUGAUUUUAAACAUACUUCAUGUUUGUAAAGUACACUUUUUUAUAACAGGUUGGUGUUCUGGACCAGUUCUGUGAAGCUGUGUGAUACUAGUGUUUCAUCUGUGGAGAAAAACAGGACAGCAUGAUUAGGAGCAAUCAAAAACACAAGCACCUCUUUUACAAAAGGACUUCAUUCUGAGCAUGAUCAAUGUGCUACUUGUGGGAGAUUGUGGUGUUUUGUGGAGAAAAAAACAAGUGUGCCUUAAAAUUAGGAUCAGAGUGAUCCUCAGUUGUACAAAGCAACGUUGAAUUGUUUUCUCUCAAGGAGCACAUUUUGUGCCGUUUAAACGUUUUUCCUCUGUUCAUUUUCCUGUGGUUCAUAUCAUUGCUGUGACUGACAGUUAAGUCAUACUACUGUAAAGAGAAAGGUCAUAAUGCUGCCUUUAAGACUGACUGAAAAUACUUGCCUCUGUCACUUUUUGUGAUAUUGCAUACAGGUACAGUUUCACCAAGUAAAUAUUCUAUCUCUACAUGUAGGUUUUUUUUAAAUAUGCAUGAAUGUACAUUUUAUAAUGGGUAUUAAUAAUUCAUAUUUAGGUGAAGACCCUCAAAGUUUGAAAUAAACUGACCAUUUUCAAACGUC